AUGGCAAGCUACACAAACGGCGAAAGCAACAGCGGUGAAUCCAAGGGCAUCCAACCCAAGAUCACCCUCUACACCAACCACCUGUGUCCUUUCGCUCACCGCGCCCACAUCACCCUCGAGGAGCUAGGUCUGGACUUCGAAGAGGUCAUCAUUGACCUCGACAAGCCCCGCGAGCAAUGGUACCUCGACAUCAACCCCCGUGGUCUCGUCCCCUCGAUCAAGUACACCGUCCCCGGCCUCUACGAUGAGGAAAUCAUCACCGAGUCAGGCAUUGUCGCACAAUUCCUCGCAGAUGCCCGUCCUUCGCAUUUGCUACCCAGCAGCUUGCACGACCCCUUUUCGCCAUUGUUCAGAGCUAGACUCGCCUUCUUCGUCGACACGUGGAACACAAAAGUCCAGGGAAACUUGUACCCUAUGAUGAAGGCUGAGGGCGAGGAGCAGGAGAAGCUGGCCAAGGAGACUGUUGCUGCUAUUAAGAAGGAGAUUGAGCCACUGCUGGCGAAUGCUGCUCCUUUCUUUGGCGGCAAGGACAAGCCCACGCUCGCUGAGGCUAUCAUCGCACCUUUCCUCAUCCGUUUCUUCGCUUUCUCCAAGGAAGGCAACCUUCUUCCUUCAUCGCUCAAGAAGUCCAUCGAGGCUCUCCCCAACACUGGAAAGUGGGCGAAGGCUGUCGUUGAGCUUCCCAGUGCCCUCACUAUCUGGAAUGAGGAGGAUGUUGUCAAGAGAACAUCUGCUCGUGUGGCUAAGAUGAAGGAGGCUGCCAAGUAA